UAGGGCUCCGAGCGUGGCCACAUCCGGAGAGUCCGGGUUGGGGUGGGGCCGGCCGGGUUCGGGUGCAGUUUGCUGGGCUCGGGGCUACCUACAGCGGUUCUGUCCACGGCAGGGCAGACAUGGCGGCCCAGAAGGACCAGCAGAAGGAUGCGGAGGCGGAAGGGCUGAGCGCCACGACCCUGCUGCCCAAGCUGAUCCCCUCCGGCGCCGGCCGAGAGUGGCUGGAGCGGCGCCGCGCGACCAUCCGGCCCUGGGGCGCCUUCGUGGACCAGCAGCGUUUCUCGCGCCCCCGCAACCUGGGCGAGCUUUGCCAGCGCCUGGUGCGCAACGUGGAGUAUUACCAGAGCAACUACGUGUUCGUGUUCCUGGGCCUCAUCCUGUACUGCGUGGUGACAUCCCCCAUGCUGCUGGUGGCCCUGGCUGUCUUCUUCGGCGCCUGUUACAUUCUCUAUCUGCGCACGCUGCAGUCUAAGCUCGUGCUCUUCGGCCGGGAGGUGAGCCCAGCGCAUCAGUACGCCCUGGCUGGUGGCGUCUCUUUCCCCUUCUUCUGGUUGGCCGGUGCUGGCUCCGCCGUCUUCUGGGUCCUGGGAGCCACUCUGGUGGUUAUCGGCUCCCACGCUGCCUUCCACCAGAUGGAGCCUGCGAACGGAGAAGAGCUGCAAAUGGAGCCUGUGUAGAGCGCCAUUCGGGAUCCGCCUGCCUCGCCCGCCCGCUCUCCCUCCGCUGCCACCGCUCCAUCUGACAGGGUCCUGCCUGGCCUUGCCCCUCAGCUCCGAGCCUCCACCUCCAGCCUCAAGCCCAGGGAGAGGCCUUUGUCUUUGGAAAUAAAGCUGUUACAACUGA